CAUUGUCCUUGCCAUGUCAAGCAGAACCAUUCCAAGAUCCUCCAUGUAGCAAAACAGUAGCCAUUGAUCACCUGCCUGCACACACACACACUCUCUACCAUGCCCAGAAGAAUCCUCCAAGACUACAAUGACCACAUCCUCCACCUCUCUAUCACCUCUAAAAUGGCCCAGCUGGACCAAAAUUUCUACACAAAAACAAAAUAUAUUCUUAAGGUAAAAAAUGGAAGCAAAGAAUUGUCAUCCAAUCACACCUCUCGAAUUCUUUCUCCAAAACAUCCAAAAUGAAAAAAAGAUUGUAUCUUUUUCCAUAAAUGCCCUUUCUUGAACCCCAUUUUCAUAGCUCAUGUUUAAGAGUUUCUUCUUUCCUAGAUGGGCUUUUUUGGUUUCUCAUAUAUAGGAGUUUCCCAGAAGCAGAACAAAAUUUACAUGACUGGCUGGCUGUCUCCUUGUUGGAGUGAUUUUCUUUGUUCUUUUUAUAUUGUUUUUGCUUCUCUCUCUAAAUCUUUGCCCUUUAUAUGUUUUUCUCUCUGUAGGAUGCGAAAACGGUUGUUUUCUUGGUUAAGUUGAAUUGGGGUUUUGUUUUCUUUGCUUAAUCACCAAGUUUUAGUGAUUUUGAAGGAGAAGAUGGAAAGGUUUUUUAUAGGUUUUCAUCAAGUUUGUGUCUUUAUACUUUUUUCUUUAUAAAAAGAGAAUUUUUAAAAAUAAUAUCCUUAUUUCAACCGGAUUUAUUUCUUGUUUUGCUUUAUUAAAGAGUGUUUAUUGAAUUUUGGGUUAAGAAAUCUAAAGGGUUUCAUUAGUUCUCACCAAAUUUUGCUUUUCUAUACCUUCUUGUCAAUAUUUUUUGGCUUAACUGCAAGAAUUAUAGUGGAGAUACACAAUGUCGAAGAAUAAUAAGAAAAGGGUUGCUGUGAAUUCUCAUCAAUCUCAAUUUGUUGACGAGGGAGCAAUAAAUAGAGUGAAAUAUCAAAACCUACUGGAGGAUUUCUUGGAAUUGCAAAAGGAUUUUGUUUCAAAGAAGAGAAAAUUGCGAACAGUUGAGCAGAAAAGAGAGAUUCUUUCAGCUGAAGUUAGAUUUUUAAGACAGCGGCAUGAAUUUUUUAUGAAGAUGCAAUCGGGUAACCUGGUGCAAAGUCUUGUUCCAGAGAAAGAUCCAUGCAUGGAAGAUCUUGUUCCUAAGAUAUCUUUACCUGUAGAAGAUCUAGUUCCUGGGAAAUAUUCAUCUAUGCCAUAUCAAGGGAAGUUUGUUGGGAAGCCAUUGAGUGAAUAACACCUAAGAACGGCUUAAUCAAAGGCAAAAGCGUAGGGAAGAAGAAAAUUUUAUUGCAAGAUCAGGUGACUUUGAACGUCUAACGUCUUUUAGCUAUUGACUGGCUAGAGAAUUAUUAGUAUGUUCAUCAGGAUAGUCUUUCGAUUUAUCUUUUCGAUUUUUGAUAUUGUAAAUUGCGAAGAGCAGUUUUGAUGCAUCUUGUAAAUCAUUAUAGUAAAGUUUACUAUGGCUGAUUA